UUGGACAUCGCGUUUUUAAAAGAAAAAUAAUAUAUUUUUAUUGCAAUGAAUACGUUACUAUGGUAACGAAGAAUAGAUAAAUUUAUAAAAUGAUGUAAGAGAAUUGUCUCUCUCUGAUUGGUCAGAGAAUGGUGCAAGUGUUUCAUACCCAGUACUUAGCGGAGCAUUUUUCAAAGAUUACAAUUUCAGCACAGCGACGGAACGUCCUCAGAUAUGUUAGUUUAAACAUCAAAUAAUGAUGGAAUUCCUUUCAAAAAUCGAAGAAAUGAAAAAAUAUAAUAAAGUGAUUAUAAAAGACCAAAAUUGUCUUUGUUAUAUAUCUUGCUUGAAAAGCUAGGAGAACGGUUGUAGGAGCACGCGAGGCGAGGGUCGCGCGCGAGUUCUCGCUGCCUCGUGAGUACUGUAGUCAAGCCACAGGGAGCCCUCACAUCCGUUUAGAAUAUGAAUAAAAGAUUAACCUACCUUUAUCUUGCGUGUUUUGUGUUUUGUAGCGGCCAUUUUGAAUUUUUACUACGUGCGCGGUCUGCUAGUGCGAGGUCUGGAACCGAAAAUACGGAAAUCUUGGAGCUCUAAGAAAAUGACAAGGGCACUUUAUUAUCCGCGGUAAGCGAUCGGAUCCUCCGAGAAUUUGCGAAUUGUCCCGCGCGUCCCAGACUUCGCGCCCCAUCCCAGACUUUCGGUUCCAGACUUUGCACUAGCAGACCGCGUAUUAAAAAUUCAAAAUGGCCGCCACAAAACAAAAAACACGCGCCAAACACGCGCGAUAAAGGUAGGUUAAUCUUUUGUCCAUAAUCUAAACGGAUGUGAGGGCCCCCUGUGGUCAAGCACAGUGUAUUCCCAUCUUGAUUUUUCUUAGUUCUUUCAAAAAUGAACGGACGCCAUUAGUUUUUCCCAAGCUUGCAGAUUGUUGAGAAUGUCUCCGUCACAAGGACGUGGUUAAAUCCUUUACGUUUAACAUUCAUGCAGGUAUUCUGCCCAACCAUCCGCCAUCUGAGAGCCUGAGAACCCUGCUUGCUUUUCUGUCUGUUUUCAAAGUCCGCCGAUUUUUCGAAGCUACGCUAUCGCGCAUCCCUCUAACACUUCCAUCAAUGUAGAAUAGUGGGAAAAAAGACCGCGUUUAGGGAUUCAUUGGAAAAGUAAACAAUAAGGUCUUCAUAACGUGGUGGGCUACUUCUCGCUUUCAUUUCAUCGCAAAAGUUCUGUAUUUGCUGUAACGGUAAGGCGCAUGCGCGGAGCUGCUUAUGGAGAGAUGGCACUUGACUUCGAAGGCACGAACCGAAACCACGGUUUGUCAGGAGCGACACGUAGUUGUACGAAGUUCAAAAAUAAAGGGCACUUGGGUCAAAAGUAUGCUUGGAUCCUUGAAAUUUUUCCACGCAGCCUUCAGUGUCAACGUAUCUUGAAUGUUAUUGAGAGUUUCCUUUACACAAUUUUGCUAGAGGGUUUGCUAAUCAUCUGCUGUAUUAUGUUUGGUUUGACAAGCCGCUUGACAUGAUUUGUUGUUAUGAUAUUUGCAUGAGUGUUCUUUGACGUGAAAUCGUGUUUGGCUAGCAAGCCCUAGCAGGGCAGUUUGCGUGGCUCGGUGCAGUGCCAACUGAAAAAAAAUUACCUGAAAAGAGAUGGAAUUAAUUAACACGCUCAGGGGUCGAUUUUGAAUUAACUAAUUCGAAAUAGAAUGUAUUUUUGCAACAUUAAUGUUGUUUAUUGGCCUUGAGCCUAUAAAGGAAGUUUAACUUUAUCGUUUCCCACGGCAAACAAGCUGACAUCAUGCUGUGCCUAGCGCUGAGACAAGGGCACGCGAUGGUCAUUGACGUCGCUAUCGGUUUUGAAGCGGGGAGGAGAGCAGAGAGAAUGGAAUAGAUCUUCUCGUGCAGGGCGGAAAUUUCGAAGAAGAGCUCUAAAUGGUACAUUUUCUUUAAAAGUAAAGCGACGUUAUAGGCAUUCGAUGUAUUUACACAGCAGUAUUUUUGCAAGUUAGAAUGUGAGUAAGUUUCAUUAUGGGGAAAGUUGACCUCACUAACCCCUCCCCCUCACUGAGCUAUUCGGUAAAUUGGUGCGCGGCAACAAAAUUGCGUGAAGCUGCCUUUGAAAUGAUUCCAACAUACUAACACUAAACUUAAUUCUUUAACGACCAAGAAUUUCUUUCAGAUGGUCUUCUCGGAAGUUUAUCUUUUAUCAGUUAAUCAGGUAUUUUGACGGGGCAGUAAUUCAUUUUUUCAAGUUUAAUCAUUGCCACCUACUGUGUUGGUAUUUUUGUCGUCAAGGAAUAAAAGGAGGGCGAAAAAAUGUCAAAAAAUAUGGCGGACUUGUUUACGAGAAAGCAAAGCUUGUCGUCCGAGUAAUUUUACGCAAGUUUGCCCUCUCAACGGAUAAAGCCGUGUCAGCAAUUAACUUGGUGAUCUAGACAAGCACAAAGAACUAUCUUUUUUUAACACCAGAUGUCAUUAAAACACAAUAAGAUGUUGCACCUUCAGUCUUUCAUUGUAUUGUUAAUUUUUCUUCGGUCUUAAUGAGUUUUCAAACAAUCGGCAAAACUCCCAAGCGCUCUGAGAAAUAACCCACCCUUUAUUUAUCAGUGUAUGAUUACUAAAAUGUAAUUAACUUUUCGCUCUUAGUCUGCAAAAAGUUAAGGUUUUCUCGUAUUGCCCUGGCGCUGAUCAGUGAAAUACGUAUUGGACGCCUGUCUGCAUAUUCAAACCUGGGUUAUGGGAAGUGAGCGUGUCUGCGUCGAGGAAGGAGGUCAUACGAUCGGUUUUGGUGUUAAGUUUUCUUGGUACGGAAUAAAUAUCUUAACCGAACCACUAAGGGAGUGGCUAAUGAAACCUAUUGGAUAUAGGUAGAAAUUUUCUGCAUGGUACAUCAGUAGAGGAAAAAAAAUCUCAGUGACAUGGCAGCGCAAUUUUCAGACGGUUAGACAAGCUCUCUGAUAAAACAAGCAUUGUAUUGUGGCCGCGACGAUCGACGCCAGCCUGAAAAGGGCAAAUUAUAGCCUUGUAUGCUCAGACGGGAGUAAUAUUUCGUUGUUGCUUAUUGUGCUACAGCAAAGAACAUGCGACUUAAGUAAACCGAUAUUUUUUGUCAUCUUAGGACAAUAAUUUGCACACUUUUUUCCAACUUUGAUUGAUAGAAGGGAUUGUUAAAGAUACUCAAAUGGCCCUAGCACAACAUCCUUUUGUCUACCUUGUUUUUUUUUUUUUUCGCAAGCCUUCAAUGUCUGUGCAUAGUUAUUAGUUUGUGAAGGUUGUAAUUUUAAUUUAAACAACGCUAUGAAUUGAAUUCCUUUGGAGAUAAGAAUAAUGUAUAAGAAAAACAUAUUAAUUGGAAUCUAAUUUUGCGAUGACUAGUUGUAACGCUUUACAGAAUGAGAAUUGUGAAGAGUCCGUAAUUGCGGCAAGCGAUUAGAAAGGAUUCAAUUGUACAGUGCUCAAUUAGAUCCCCUUUGAAAGAUAAACAAAAAAGCAUGUUAACUACGGUUAAAGACAGUGGCGACUAAUUCUCUGUUUGUCUUAACCUAUUAUCAUGGCUUCCCUUCGGAUUCGGAGUGAAUUGAAGUAAAAAUCGAUAAGGUAUGUGACUGUGAAGUUCAACGGCAGACCUUGACAAUCUUGCUGAAUUAAAACCUGACUCUCAUUUGCAUAGAUAAAACCUUUGUAGUCCGCCGCAUAACCCAAAUAAAGCUUUUGGCUGCUAUUUAACAGUUGUCAUUUUUGUUCGCCAUUUUAGGUCAGCUAUUCACACUUUUUUCAAUGAAAACUUUAUAGGUUUGCUGUAAGUGUCGUUUUUUCCUUGAUGAAUCUAUAGAAGUGUCACUUCCUUUUUGUCUCAGCUAAAUCAAACAUGUCUUGCUCUUCUGAAAACGGCAUUGUAACAAUUCUAUUGUUCACCAAAACAAGCUCGAAAAUGCAUUUUACUCGCGAAGUGGAACAUUUUCGAAGAACAAAAUGGCUGAGGGGUUCCUCCUGUACGCUAUUGAUCUUACUCAAUUAAAAGCCUAUUAAAAUGUCGGUUUUAGAAGAGAAGACACCUGCAUGUGAUAAACUUUAUUGAUCUGAGUAGUAUCAUCCGCGGAACGACAAAAGAAAUAAACACAGACAAAGUUCAAAAAACCUUUUUUGCCGCCAGCGAUAUUUUGUGAUUUUCGUGUUCGUAGUUUGAAUGGCACAUGUCAGAAGAUAAUUACAAUGCAACACAAAAAGGGUUUCAAUGAAACCUCUUUUCCAUGGACAUUUCGGCGACCGGAAAUGAUAACAGAACAAUUGUAUCAUUGGCUCCAGCGACCCGGAAGUUCUCGGUGCUUGAAUGAAAACUGGGACCACUGCAAAAUCCCAAAGAAUGCACAGAUGAGCUCGUCAAGUACAAACAUGGGCGAAGCGUAUUUUGCUGAGAAAAUCGACGCCGAAAUGAAGACAUUUCCUUGGCACUAUCCCGAACAAUACAUCUUGUCUGACUUUAUUCCAAGUCCUUGCAAUUUUCCUGUGGAGUUCGAUGGUCCUAGCUUGAAAAUCGAGGGUACAGAAACAUUGGAUCCAGACUCGCGGCCACAACAGCAACAGGAAGAGCUCGCACAGUACUCUCCAGAUCCGCCCGAAAAUUUGAUGGUCAAUGUUCCCACGGACGAGGCAGGCGAAGACUUCCCAGAAUUCGUUGAUCCUCUUACACCAGUCAGCCCCAGGUUUCCUCCUCACGCGCUUAUGAAUUUAUCGCCUCCGCAUGUGACGUCACCAAGCACGAACGAGUUUCGCGGAGAUUACAAUUUCAGGAUGGUUCUGGAAACACAGCCCAAGAAAGUUGCCAAUCCAGACUGGAUUUACUCAGUACACCAGAAGAAACUGUACAUCAAAUCAAAGACGCCAUGUCCUGUCAGAUUUUUGACUACAGGUCCCCCUCCUUCUGGAGCGUUCAUACGCGCCAUGCCGGUAUUCAGACAACCUGAGCAUGCUAAAGAUGUGGUUCGCUGCUGUCGAAAUCACACCGCUGAACAUACUGGCUCUCCUGCUACAGGUCACUUCCUCCGUUGUGACAACCAAGAGGCUGAGUAUGAGGAAUGUCCUCAAACCACAAGGCACUCUGUAAGGAUACCACUCCGCGGACCAGCUUCAGCUGAAGACGCUGACGAGCUUGGAGUCCAUGAACUGUUCUACUUUAUCUGUAAUAACUCCUGUGGCGGCUUGAACAGGAGACCAAUUCAGAUCAUUUUUACCCUGGAAGAUUUGUCAGGUAAUGUGGUCCUGGGGAGAUGUUACGUCAAUGUCAGAGUCUGCGCAUGUCCAGGACGAGACUCUAAACAGGAAAUCGAGGCGAUUAACCGCGGGCCAGGCAAAAAACCGCGCGGUAAAUCCAAAGCAAGUGUAAAUGAUCUACAGUGUCUUGGUCCAAAGAUGUCUAAAGAAGACAGUACCGUGUACAACCUCAAGAUCUGUGGAUUCAAUAAUUACCUUAUGAUGAAAAGGAUUGCCAUCGCACUGGAAUUGUUCGCAAACAUGGAGAAUAAGUUUACUACGAUGGAGCCCCAGGACCUGGAGAUGCCAGACUUUACAGAAUACACUCCAGAGGAUCAAGACAACUCCGAACCUGAUUCGACUUUAGUCAAGCCUUCAGUGUCCGAGUCACCUCCGCCACCGAUCAUCGUCAACCAGGAGUCUUUCUUAGUUCCAUCUCACACGGAAAACUGGUACCCAGCUGUCCCACAAGACCAAGCGAGCCAACCACAUCAGCCCCCACAGUACCCCCAACAGUGCUUUACAUACAGGCGUAAAACGUCUUUUGUUAUAUUUAAGAAAGACUGACAAAUCUAUAAUUCGAUGCGAGAUAGAGAUUUUUAACUGUAGACUGAAAUCUUUGGAAACAAUCCAAAGCAAAGAGUGUAACCUACUCGCUGUUCUUUCAUGCGUAAAACAUUAACAAACGUAAGAUUUUUACGAAUUAUUUUUGUAUCUGUCAUGGAUCGAUAAAAUAGAUGACCUUAUCUUAGCCAAACAGAAUACGACUUUUCUAACAGCAGCUGAAAGGAGGCAGGUUCCCAAGAGAUUAACGAGCUUUUACAAUCCAGCCUUUCAAGGACCCUAGUUCAGUUCGCCUCCGCCAUUUUCGAUGACAUCGAAAUUAGUGAAGCGAAAUCUUAUUGCUUUACUGUAAGCUGUGUUC